CAACGUCGUUGGUAAAUUUCUCCGGUGAUUUGAAAACGAUCUAAUGAAAUGUGCGUUAUUUAAUUGCAAAUUUGAUUGAAAAGUGUGUUUUAGGUUUUUGCGAAGUAUAAUUAAACAUAAAUAAAAUCAACCUUUAGAACUAUGUGAUUGUCAUUUUUAGAAGCAUUACAUUAUACAAAACAUUUAUUUUCUCUUGUGUGAACGCAUUUCGGAAAUGAUUUACUGUUUCGAAACUUGAAAUAGCAAAACGAUGUGGUCAAAAGUUAAGGCCGGUGUGUGAUGGGCUGCUGCGGCCGGCUAUGGACUUGGAAGAGCUGCAUUUUGCGGACGACUCUGCAGACGAGCCUUACGAGGUCAUCCUGUUACCAGAAAAUAAUCGCAAAAUAGCACCAGAGAAUAGACUCUCGCCGGCACAUGCCUGCUUACCUCUGAAAGCCUUAAGUAAUAUUCAGGAGUUCGUAGAGACGACAAUAGUAUUGAAGAAGGAUAAGAAAAACGAACUGGGAAUCAGCAUAGCUGGUGGGCAUGACUCUUAUUUAGAGCAAAUAUGUGUCAUAGAAGUCCAUAGAGACGGCAUAGCUUAUUCGGAUGGUCGGUUGAGGAAAGGUGACGUCAUACUGGCAGUGAACGACAUCUCGUUCCGGGAGGCCAACCUGGCCGACGCCGUGCGCUGCCUGAAGGAGACCCCUUCCCCCGUCCGCCUGAUCAUCCUGAGGGAGAAUCCACAGGCCCUGUUCACCACCAACGAGACUCCCACGAAAUUCAUCACAGUGGAACUGAGAAAAUUCAGCAUCAAAGACAGCAUUGGAAUCAGUAUCAUGCAAAGGACGAACGGCCGAGGUGUCUUUGUCACUUAUGUGCAGCCGGGAAGUAUCGCCGCCAGACAUGGGCGCCGAAUCUCACAGGGGGACCAAAUUCUCGAGAUCAACGGACACAAUGUGAGGGAGAGCAACCAGAAGGAUGUGGCCCAUAUGAUACAGAACCUCGAUGGUGCAAUUGUCUUGCUCCUGGGUAGAGUUCCUGCCUUGCACAGCUCUAUACAGGAGUGGGUAAAGUGGAAAGCUCAGCAGUGCUUAAGGACCAGGACUUCUACCUGGUCUUCAUACACCGCCAACACGAAAGAGAAACUUCAAGUGCAAAGACCCAGUUUACCUGUCAGCAAAGAAAGUCCUGCUUUGGGUUUCGCGAAUACCAUCGCUACAGUGAUCGCAACCGUGAUGCCAGACCUCUCCAACGUGAUGAAAAGUCCGUGUCACAGCCCCAGUUCCAGUCUCAGACGAUCAAGACUGAGCAUACCAGAAGACACUUCAAAAUUCAAAAGAGAUGGACAAAGAUUGAUUGAGGAAUUCAAACCUUCCCAAGCAACGGAGAAACCAAAAGUGCCAAGCAUUUUGGUGACCAGUUUCUAGACUCAUACUCCCUUGGGUCCUUGUUAUCAAGACGCGUUUUAAUAAAACUAUGCAUCAUGAACAAAUGCAGGAAUACGUCUGAACUGUUGUGGUGAGAGUUUCACCUUUUCAGUGAUUUUAUUAAUGGCAUAACUUUGAUAGUAGCCAUUGCUUUAUAAAAACGUAUUUUUAAUCAAACUUUUAUAGCGCUGGUGACAGACAAAGUGAUUUUCUCAGCAUGGGUUUAUAAACCUACAUAAUUGUAGUAUUUACUUCUUUAAAAAGAUAAACUUUUAGUUAGA